UCGUUGAAAAAUUGGUUGAGCCUGCAAUUGAACCUGUUCAAGUGAAGAAGGAUGAACAGUCGCCAAAGGUUACAGAGGAAUUAGUCAUGGUGCAACCCACAGUUCAGACAGAAAAAUCGAAUAAUGUUGAACCACUUGUGGAAAGCCUUUCUCAAGUAUCUGAGCCUACAACAGUAUCAAGGAUCGAUACGAAUGAAACCUUACUGGAAAGCCAGCCAGUAGUAACAACGUCGACCAACACGAUUUCUACAGAAAGCGGCACAACUACAAUUACUACCAGGACCAUAACGAAACAUAUUACCAAGCGCAUUGUUAAGCGUAUUAUCGAUGGUAGAGAGGAAAUUGUAGAGGAAGAUGUCAUCGAUGACUUACCCGAAGAGAAUAUAUCUGUGGAGCAAUUUGAUUUGCCUUCAGUUGAAACGACAAGUUCUGUGCCCGGCAGCAUCAUCAUGCCCGGACUAAGCUCAACUCUGGAUACAACUGUUGUGCAGGGCGGCUCAAUUACAAAAACUACAAUAACUAAGACAAAGCGUAUACUCAAACGCAUCACCGCCGAUGGCGAAGAAAUUGUGGAGGAAGUAUAUGAGGAUGAGCCCGAGGUGGAGCGCGAUAUAACAUUGCUGCCGACUACAGUGCUUACUUCCAGGAAUGUUACGGCUCUGGAUGAACCAGCCGAAUCUCAAGCAGACAUAAUUGGUGCAGCACAAAUUGCAGUCGAGGAAAUUGUGGACAAAGCUGAGCAAGUGCUUGAACCCGAACCGCAAAAGCCAUUGCGUAAGGACAAAAAGGAUGAAGAUACAGUUAUUGUCACAGAAACUGUUAAGGUCGAGCCCGAAAAGAAACCACAAAAGCCGACCAGAAAGGACAAGAAGAAGCACAAGAAAUCCGAAAGCGAAGAAAUCAAACCAAAAACAGACAGUCCCAUUUCACAAAACGUGGUCGAAAUAACUGAGCCACAAUCACAACUAGAAACCACAGAGCCCCUGAAUACAACAAGUGCAAUUACAACAGACGAGAAACAAACUCAGUCAUCCGAUGGAUCUGUUAUCAGCGACGAUGGCAGUCUAAUCAAAACCACAGUCAUUCGUACAACUAAGAUUGUGAAAAAGAUAAACCAACAAGACAGCCAGGACAUGUCCACAUCGAUCCAUUCGGAUGUAGCUUCGUUGGAUUCCUAUGAACUAGCCGAAGAAGCUGCCGAAGAACCCAAAGUCGAGAAAUCUGAAAUGAACAGUCGCGAGGUCAGCGAUGAGGGUGUAGUUAAGACAACCAAAACGACGACUAUUCGUACGAUUAAAAAUGCCAAAGCCGAACCAGAAAAGGAACUCGUGCCUGAAGCUAUUACCGAAGUGGAGAGUACACCUGAAAAGAAAUCGGAUGUUGAUGUAUCACAAACUGAAGAUGGUUCUGUUUUGAAAACAACAAUUGUUCGUACUACUAAAAUAAUAAAGAAAAUUACCCAGGACUCGGAAACCAUAAGCGAACACAGUAGUGCUUCAGAACCUGCCCUGGAGACAGUUGAAACCAUCCUACAGGAUGCUCCAAUAGUAGCUGAAUCGGUAACCACGGAGUCGAACAGCGAAGGCAUUACAAAGACUACAACCACGCGAACAACAAAGGCUGUCGUUGAGAGUGCAGAGAUUCCUGCAGUUGCCGAGCCGCAACAGGUUGCAGAUCUGCUGUUGAUAACGCCAAAAAACUACAGAGGUGCCGGAAACGACAUCGUUGCUGAACCCUACGAUGCCAACAUUAGCAAUGAUGUGGUUAAGACAACAAUUACAAGAACUACAAAAAUUGUCAAGAAAGUUGCCCAAAAUGUUGAUAAACAGAGCGUUAGUGAAGUUCAGGAAACCCAAACGCCUGAUGAGCCAACUCCAGAUGCUGUUGAGCCAACAAGUGAAGUGGCUGGUGGUGUAACCAAAACAACAACCGUGCGUACGACGAAAAUUGUAAAGAAAUUGAACGAAGAUGAUUUUCCGGAGGUUAGUCUUCGCGUGACCGAGACUGUUACCGAAAACCUAGAGUCCCUGCAGAAAACCGCCGAAACUAGCGAGACUUCCAUGAUUGAGUUCGCCGAAUCCAAACCAGAAGUAGUAGAAACAGAUUCAUUGAAACAUCAAAAGAAGAGCAAAUUCCUAAGGUAG